UUUUGACAAAAUUGUUAGUUCAAACCUCAAACCAGAAACAAACCCACAAGUCUAGGCCUCUACCCUUCUCCACAACGAUCAUGAUCAGAAAGACACCCAUAAAACUCAUCUUCUCAUGUCUCUCCGUCCUUGCUUACUCCUCCACAUGCAGUACUACUACUUCUCAUUCUUCUGGUGCGGUUAAGGAAAGAGCUGGGAUCAAAGGAUUUUUCAUUUUUGGAAGUUCUCUGGUUGAUAAUGGCAACAAUAACUACCUCCAGAACUCAAUCGCCAAGGCUGACUACUUGCCAUAUGGAAUAGACUUCCCUCUUGGGCCAACAGGAAGGUUUACAAAUGGAAAGAAUGUGGUAGACCUUCUAGGUGACCACCUUAAGCUGCCUUCAUUCAUUCCUGUAUUUACUGACCCCUCUACUAAGGGAAGUAAAAUUGUUCACGGUGUAAAUUAUGCUUCUGCUUCCUCCGGUAUUCUUGAUGAUACAGGCUCGCUUGCGGGGCAGGUGAUCAAUCUGAAUCAACAAAUCAGGAACUUUGAGAAGGUGACCUUGCCAGAAUUGGAAGCUCAAGUGGGGUGCACAAGUGGAGUGGUGCUUCCCAAUUACUUGUUCAUUGUGGGAACUGGGGGAAACGAUUACUCAUUCAACUACUUCCUGAGAAAAUCCAAGAGUAAUGUCAGUCUUCAAGCCUUCACUGCCAAUCUGACUGCAUCACUGUCUCAGCAAUUAAAGAAGUUGUACAAUUUGGGGGCCCGGAAGUUUGUGUUGAUGUCCGUAAACCCAAUCGGCUGCAGUCCUAUGGCUAUGGCCAUGGUAAUGACAAACCGUCGAACUCGUAGUAAUGGCUGCGUACAAGGUGUGAACCGGGCGGCUCACCUCUUCAAUACUUACUUGAAGUCCCUCGUAGAUGACAGCAAGCAACUCAUGCCUGGUUCUACUUUUGUUUUCGUAAACUCUUACAAGAUUAUCAGGGAUAUUAUCAAAAACCCCAUUUCUAAAGGUUUCAAGGACACGAGCCGCCCUUGUUGUGAAGUGGCAUCAUUGAGCGAAGGUGGGAAUGGUGUAUUAUGCAAAAGAGGUGGGAAAGCUUGUGCAGAGAGGAGCAGUCAUGUGUUCUUUGAUGGACUACAUCCAACUGAAGCUGUUAAUAUUCAGAUAGCAAGCAAGGCCUAUGAAUCUGACCUCAAAACCGAAGUCUACCCAACUAACAUAAAAAGUCUAGCCAAAUCUUUUGUUUCUAAUUGAUGUACGUGUUGGUUCAUCGCGUGCUAAAUAAUCGAACUUAAAGCUUGAAUGUUUUUCUCAUGUACUACUCCAGGAUAUGUAUGGCUACUGAUUUUGUGGUUUUCUUAGGAGGUUUGGGAAUGUUUAUGUUUCUUUUCCUUCUGCCGGCCAUUCUCUUUCCAAACUUCAGGAAUUAGAAACUUUUUUAUGAACUUAUGAUGUUACUUUGC